AGUGAGUUCUCCUGUUGAAUUUGUCGACGCCGCAACUAGCUAGUAGGUAAAAAAGUGUUUUACCAACCCGCUACUGCUUCAGAAUCUCGUACUAGUUUUACUACACUUUUGGUAGUUCUUUCUGCAACAAAUAAAUCAGUCGAAAAUGGCACAACAAGUCUAUGUUCAACAUCAACCGCAGCCGGUGCCGCAGCCGCACCCGGGCCAUGUGAAUGUCACUGUUCAGGGUGGUGCCCCGCCGCAACCGCAACCGGUUUAUGUGCAGCAGCCAGCACAACCGGCCCCUGCUCCGGUGACCGUUGUUAAGGACGCUCCGAUGCCCCCGGUCGCCUGCCGUGACGACAAGAACCCGAUUGGACAGUUUGGCUGCGAUAAGCGCGUCGCCCCCACCUGCUGCGCUUCCCUGUGCUGCCCAGCCUGCGUUCUGACCAGUUACGAGGGGUGCAGUGUGGCGGCCAUCUUUGCGUGGAUUCCGCUUUUUGGGAUCGGUUUCUGGCCCUGCUCCUGCAUGGGCUGCUACGCGGCGUGCUGCUGGAACCCCCCGAUCUGGGGCGUCCACUACAACAAGUCUCGCGUUGUGGUCGGUGGUGCCAUGCAGGUUGCCCAGCCUGCCCCCGCCCACGUCACUUACGUCCAGGCCGGGUCCGACGAGCACAUCGGCGGACACGAAUACCCGGAAUUCCUGGAUGUCGACGAAGACGACUUUUCCGACUGCUCUGAUGACGAGCUGCUGGUCGUGUGAAGGGACAACGAUCGAUUCAUUUAAUAUCGGUUGAAGAGGACGGUGCGCCGGCGUGCUUUUGGAAGAACGUGCUGUCGCAUACGUGUGAAAAAAUCACGACAAGCAUAUAAGUAGUUUAUUUUGCAGACUAAACAUACUAUGUGUAUGUAGAGCAAGUACAACCCAAAAAAUGUUGUGCGGUUUUGGUUUAUCGGCCUGUUGUUUUCAUUUUCAUCAUAGACUCACUAUAAAACGAUUGUACCACCCUGUAUGAUUUUGUUUUCCAUACAUCACUGACUAAUUUUGAGGCGGUACUAUUUACACUGGUUUACCUGGAUCUGUUUUCCUUUUGAAGAAAGCCUUAUCUUCCUGUUUUGACAAAAAGCUUACCAAAAAAACAAAGCCUAUUCGCAGUACAGGACGGAGAGUUUUGUGUACGAUUUAUUUGACGGAGAGGGAGGCUCAAGAGCAAGAGCGGGGGCUUCGUCACAUGUACAGCGAAAUUAUAGAUCAUUCUGUUUCUAUACAGAACCUGUAGCACGAACUCAACAGAGUUUUAAUUAAACACAUGAAGUUUAACUUCAUGCAAUUACUGCUCAGAGCUAGCCGCGAAUCAUGAAGAUGCUCAGACGCAAAGGUCAACAGCUGUCCGUAGUUGGAUGAAGAACAACUUGAAUUUGUUGCGGUUGUGUUUGGCAACCGAAUGCGAAUGCCCACAAACAACAUGUUUAAUGGGCGAUCUCGAUGAACUGCUGAGCAUUCUCAAUGUUUUUGGGAGGUCACGCGUAGAAUAUGUGAGGGCAAAUGAUCACAUUCCAGAUCCAGGAACAGGUCGCUCAACAACGACCUCAUCAUCUGAGACCCAGAUGAAUUAAGAUCGAAGAUCCAAAGAAAAAAAUGCCAGGCUAAGUACUAGAUCCUUUGCCAGAAUCAGAAAUGGAUCAUGCAUGUAGAAUCUGAUCUGAAGAAGCUGAUUUUGUUCUAGAUUUUGUGGAGUCGGUUCGCAAAGAUCUUGAUCUGGAAAUACCAUUUCUCUAUCCUGAAUCCAUUUUCUGUUUUUCUUCCGUGAUGAUGAUCCGUAGUUGAUGAAUAUCAAAACAGUGAGUUCUCCUGUUGAAUUUGUCGACGCCGCAACUAGCUAGUAGGUAAAAAAGUGUUUUACCAACCCGCUACUGCUUCAGAAUCUCGUACUAGUUUUACUACACUUUUGGUAGUUCUUUCUGCAACAAAUAAAUCAGUCGAAAAUGGCACAACAAGUCUAUGUUCAACAUCAACCGCAGCCGGUGCCGCAGCCGCACCCGGGCCAUGUGAAUGUCACUGUUCAGGGUGGUGCCCCGCCGCAACCGCAACCGGUUUAUGUGCAGCAGCCAGCACAACCGGCCCCUGCUCCGGUGACCGUUGUUAAGGACGCUCCGAUGCCCCCGGUCGCCUGCCGUGACGACAAGAACCCGAUUGGACAGUUUGGCUGCGAUAAGCGCGUCGCCCCCACCUGCUGCGCUUCCCUGUGCUGCCCAGCCUGCGUUCUGACCAGUUACGAGGGGUGCAGUGUGGCGGCCAUCUUUGCGUGGAUUCCGCUUUUUGGGAUCGGUUUCUGGCCCUGCUCCUGCAUGGGCUGCUACGCGGCGUGCUGCUGGAACCCCCCGAUCUGGGGUGUCCACUACAACAAGUCUCGCGUUGUGGUCGGUGGUGCCUUUCAGGUUGCCCAGCCUGCCCCCGCCCACGUCACUUACGUCCAGGCCGGGUCCGACGAGCACAUCGGCGGACACGAAUACCCGGAAUUCCUGGAUGUCGACGAAGACGACUUUUCCGACUGCUCUGAUGACGAGCUGCUGGUCGUGUAAACAGACAACGAUCGAUUUAAUAUCGGUUGAAAACGGCGCGCCAGCGUGCUUUUGGAACAACGUGCUGUCGCAUACGUCUGAAAAAAUCACGACAAGCAUAUAAGUAGUUUAUUUUGCAGACUAAACAUACUAUGUGUAUGUAGAGCCAGUACAACCCAAAAAAUGUUGCGCUGUUUAUCGGCCUGUUGUUUUCAAUUUCAUUUUCAUCAUAGACUCACUAUAAAAAAACGAUUGUACGACGCUUUGUGUACCCUGUAUGAUUUUGUUUUCUAUACAUCACUGACAAAUUUUGAGGCGGUACUACUUACAUUGAUUUACGACCUGGAUCUGUUUUCCUUUCGAACAAAGCCCUAUUUUCCUGUUUUGACAAAAAGCUUACCGAAAAAACAAAGCCUAUUCGCAGUACAGGACGAGGAGUUUUGUGUACGAUUUAUUUGACGGAGAGGGAGGCUAAAGAGCAAGAGCGGGGGCUUCGUCACAUGUACAGCGCAAUUAUAGAUCAUUCUGUUUCUUACAGAACCUGUAGCACGAACUCAACAUCAGAGUUUUAACAAACACAUGAAGUUCAACUUUAUGCAAUUACUGCUCAGAGCUAGCCGCGAAUCAUGAAGAUGCUCAGACGCAGAGGUCAACAGCUGCCCGUAGUUGGAUGAAGAACAACUUGAAUUGUUUUUCUUCUACUCUGCGACGUCGAGUUGUGACUACAGGGAGUAUCCUGUGCAAAAGUAUCGUACUCGUAUAAAUCCGCUAAAAUUUCUAUGCAGAAUCUGACGGACAAGUCGGUGAGAAGUCGGUUGCGAAGUUGGUUGCGAAGUUGGUGCGGAAGUCGGUGAGAAGUGGCGCGCGCCACUUCUCACCGACUUCCGCACCAACUUCGGUGAGAAGUGGCGUCGCGCCGCGACAUGCUGGCGUCGUUCUCGCCUCGACCAAGCGACGCGUCGCGUCACUCCGUCGCUGCGAGUUAUAUCGUGCUCGCUGCUUGCAGUUGCCACUGCAGCUGCAAGAGCUGGAAGGAACAGCGCUGCAGAUAAAUGGAAAGAAGACCGCAGUCUUGUUCUGUCCGUUUAUCUGCAGUGCAGUUUCAUCAGUUAGCACGACGGUACCACGCGCAAAGCCGUAUACAAGAGGCGGCAGGCCGCGCGACCGUGAUUUCUGCGCGCGCGCAUCUGUCCUGCGUGCAGCCAUCAAAGAAAGAAUCGCCGGAAGCGGAAGACAGCUUCCCUCGGCGAUGUGGAGCUGCGCGCGGCUUGGGCGGGCAAGCUUUGAACGCCGGCCAUUCUCGCCUGGCGCUGAUUAAUUAAUUGAUUAGCUGAGCAGCCAAUUACUCAGCUAAUCAAUUGAUAUAUUGUCUGCGUUUUAUUUGUUUUCACAAAAAAACGCGAGUUUGCGUGCGCCCUACAUCAAGUAAUGCGCAAAUCAAUAGCUCACUUCUCAACAACUUCUCCACGCACUUCUCAACAGCUUCGCGACGAACUUCCCGACGCACUUCGCAGCAAGCUUUAAGCUUUUGGAGGCGUCAUGCAAGAAUUAGCAUGACGCCUCCAAAAGCUCAAAGCUUGCCGCAGAAUGCGCCGGAAUGUUCGUCGCGAAGCUGGUAAGAUGAAGUGCGUAGAGAUGUUGUUGAGAAGUGAGUUAUUGCUUUGUGCAUUAAUUGAUGUAACGCGCCGCGCUUGCCGCAAAAUGCGGCGUCGGCGUGCUUUUUACGUGCGGCCACGAAUCGAGGCCCGGGAUAUUCCUUCUGAGACGUCCUAGCCGGAAGCCUGUCAGGAGCUUCGCGUGGAUUUCAACUCUGCGUCAAGCGUCGGAACAACCGCGGCAAGCGGUCUACGCCAACUUCUCAACAGCUGGGAAGUUGGUGAAAAGGUUGGGAAGAAGUUGAUCAUAAGUUGUUGGGAAGUUGGUGAGAAGUUAUAUUCAUGCCAGUAGCGGAUUUAUACGAGUACGAUACUUUUGCACAGGAUAGGGAGAUACAUUGGACAAUGUGGAAUUGGGACGUGACUAUUUACAUUUUCGCUUUGCACUUGGUGCCUAUUCGUAGCAAACAAGUGGCAUAUGGGGACAGAGAAUGAAAAGAACGGCGACAACAUCCACAUCGACAACGCAAAAAAGAACACCAAAGAAUAUCCGGACACAUGAAAAACUAGAAAGUAGAAAAUUUAUUGGAAUGCCAAAAAUGACGUCAAGCGUCAAAGAAGCAGG